AGGCCGAUAAAGCGGCUAGCUGAAACGUCGAAGUCGACGACGCAAUGGAACGAGCAUUCGAACGAGCAGCAACAGACGUUGGAAAGAUGGGGGAGUAGGAAGGUAAAUACGAUGGUGCUCGUGCCGCAUGUGGAAAGCGCAAAUGACGGGCAGCCCGUCCAAAAAGCAAGAGCGACGACUCACACGCGGGAAUGGUCCACAUCUGGUACCUUUGCGCUAUUGCAGACAAGCGAGCCUUCAUCCACAGCGUCAGCAUUCUGCCACGCGGCAAUGGCCAUCCGGCAACGAUAAUUGGCGACAAGACGCGGGCGUUCUCACGAAGAGACUGUUGUGGCUGCCUUCCCGCGGCUGGACGCUCGCUGAAGACCAGCUUCUUCCAUGCUCGCUCGACCUGGUCCGCGGCAUCUGGACGGCACAUUCAACAGUGACAUGGCGUUGUAAAUGAGGCAUUGGAUAAAGUUGACUCAAGCGUAUCAGAAAAGUGUUGACG